AUUAGUUACAUUACAUCUGAGAUGGAGUAAGGCCAUUAUACCCCACAUUUCAUGUACGAUAAUGAUGUUACACCAAAAAAUUUAGGCUUUCUCUUCAGUUAUAAAUUUCCUUCCAUUUCCAAAAGUGGUUAUAUCAAAUCAUACUUGAAAUGGAUCAAUUCAGCUAUCCCACAUUCAAAAAGAAGCAAAAGACACACAAGAAACGUAUGAACGAGGAGCAAUUGCGCUUAUUGGAGUCCAAUUUCAAUUUCAACAACAAACUAGACCCCGAGCACAAGUCGCGCCUCGCGCUUGAGCUCGGAGUCCCGCCCAGGCAGGUGGCCAUAUGGUACCAAAACAAGCGGGCGCGCGACAAAAUCCACGGGCUAGAGACGGACCACAGGGCCAUGCGGGCGCAGCUCGAGAGGGUGCUGACCGACAACUCGAGGCUUAGGGAUGAGAUGGAGAGGCUGAGGGAGGAGUUGACUAGGGCCCGAGGCGCGGCCGCCUUGGGCUCUGGAGACGAGGUUAAUAUGGAGAAGGAUUUGUAUGCUUCUUUGGUUCGGGGUGGAGGCCCCUUCGAUCGAUAUGAUUUCUUUGGAUAGUUCUUAAUUGGUACUACUAUAACUCUUGCAUGUGUAAGUUUUGUUUUUAGUUGUUUUAUUAUAGUAGGAGUUAAUACUUGAGUUUGAAUAUGUUUUUUGAUGGGUUUUCUAUUGUAACAAUGUAUAAUUAUGGUAGUAAUAUAUACUUAGACAA